AUGAGGGAUGCUAUCGGAGCCGGAAUCCCACCUCAUGCAGAAGACACUGCGGGUCAGACGGCUGAAGAGCUUACUGAUGAGUUGAUGGAGUUGUACCCCAAUGAUCAAAGAGUCGGAAUACCAUCGUUGGAGUCUUGGCCACAUAUUAUCAAACCGAACGAUUCGUACGCCGAGGUACACGGAGCUCAAUAUCGUCGAUCGUGUGCUCUGUUUGGAGACCUUAUCAUUCACUACCAGAGAAGACGCGCGAACAAGUUCUGGGCCAAGCAUGGAAUUCCCAAUUAUGCGUAUCGCUUUAACAUCAAGCCUAAUGGACAACCAGAGUAUGCUGGGGUCACCCAUUUCCAAGAGGUCGCUUUUGUGUUGUAUAAUAUCCUCGGGGACGGAUACAACCGUAAACCUUUUGGUGGUGAAGGAUCAUAUCCAGAGAAUGCCAAGGCAAUGUCAAAGACUAUCAGCACUGCAUGGAUCAACUUCUUCAAUACUCUCGACCCCAACGGAAAGACAGGGGAGGAGAUUUUUAGUGGCAAAGAAUGGCCUGCUUAUGACUUGUCUGAUGGUCCUGAUGGAGAGGGUAUCGUUUUCAAUAUCAACGGGUCCGAUAUUGAAGUAGAUGAUUGGAGAUCUGGUGGAAUGGAGUGGAUGGCUGAGCACGCUUUGGACGUUUUCGGGAACUAA